GCUCUUCCCUCCUCGCUCGUCUCUCCCUCCCGCCCUCUCUUUUGUCCGCUUAGAUCUCUAUUCUUCUUUGCAAAUCCCUGGAGAAGUUGUACAACAUUCCAGCCCCUCAAAAUCCUCGACGAACAACGGCUUCUCGGCCGUAGUUGCGCCUACAAAUUGCGCUUUUAAGUUCAUUCUGCAGACCAAGCUUCGCAGGUAAGUCCAUGGAGAAGGAGCAGGGUUUCUUCUCGGCUCUGAAGGAGGAAGUGGUACGGGGGUUGUCUCCUGCACGGUUGCGGGAGAGGAGCUCGGGGAGGGGCCAAUCACCGGUGGCGGAGGCCGCAGCGAUGCUCCAGCCGCGGCGGAGGAAGGCUCAUGGUCGCCACUCGUCGCUGACGCUGGCCCCGGACGCUGCCGUGCUGGUUGCGAGGUCCGUGAGCUUUCGGGAGACCCUUGCCCCCCUCAUGGAGGGCCCCGACGAUGGAGGCGACGGAGACGUCGGUGGCGGCCAGAGGAAGGAAGGGUGGGGCCGCUGGGUGCGGGACCAGCUGUCACGGGCCCCCUCCGUCACGUAUUUGCCUUCCGCCGCCGUUAGCGCGUCCACCUCGUUCCGCCGCUCCGACCUCCGCCUCCUUCUCGGAGUCAUGGGUGCGCCGCUCGCCCCCGUUCAUGUCAACUCUGCCGACCUUCUGCCUCACCUCACCAUCAAGGAUGCUCCCAUUGAAGUCUCGUCGGCUCAGUACAUACUGCAGCAGUACACGGCGGCCUCGGGGGGUCUGAAGCUCCAGAGAUCCAUCCACAACGCCUACGCCAUGGGGAAGUUGAGAAUGGCAGCGUCCGAGUUCGAGACAGCGACUAAAAUCGUGAAGAACCGUGGCAGCUCAUCGCACUCCCCCGAGUCUGGUGGCUUCGUCCUCUGGCAGAUGGCCCCAGGAAUGUGGUACGUGGAGCUCGCCGUCGGCGGCAGCAAGGUCCACGCCGGCUCCAAUGGCAAGGUCGUAUGGCGUCACACCCCCUGGCUCGGCGCCCAUGCCGCCAAAGGCCCCGUUCGGCCCCUCCGCCGUGCCCUCCAGGGUCUUGAUCCAUUGACCACAGCAAGCAUGUUUGCCAAUGCACGUUGUAUCGGGGAAAAGAAAGUCAAUGGGGAGGAUUGCUUCAUUCUCAAGCUCUGUGCCGACCCACAGACGCUGAAAGCUCGGAGUGAAGGUCCUGCAGAGAUCAUUCGGCACGUCUUGUUCGGCUGCUUCAGUCAGCGGACCGGGCUUCUCGUCCACAUGGAAGAUUCACACGUGACUAGAAUCCAAGCCAAUGCCGGAGGUGAUGCAGUGUACUGGGAGACCACCAUUAACUCCUUCCUCCGCGACUACCGCCCCGUUGAAGGUAUAAUGGUUGCCCAUUCGGGUCGUUCCGAUGUCACUCUCUUCAGGUUCGAUGAGACGGCAAUGAGCCAUACUAAAACUAGGAUGGAGGAGGAGUGGAAGAUUGAGGAAGUGGUCUUUAAUGUCCCCGGCCUCUCCAUGGACUGCUUCAUUCCUCCUGCUGACAUAAGCUGCGGUUCAGUCAGUGAAACUUGUGAGCUUCCUCGUGGGAAUAGAGGGAAGACCGGUAUUGCACACCAGAGAAAGGUUGCAGCUGUUGGGAAGCCACGAGAUGCGAGUGAUAAGAUCAUUUGGAGGGUCAAAGUUUAGUAGUGUUAGGGCCAUGAACAAGGCGCUGAUGCUAUUGUUCAUAUCACCACAUUUUCUUGCGCUUACAACAAAGUAUAAGUUAUUUGAUGCAAAUUUUAGGUAGCACUGAGAGGCUUGGUAAUAGGGGAUGUCCUAUGUAUAUAAGAGCAUAAUUGUUCACAGGUCUUAAUUCUCAUCGGCCUGGCUGAAUACUUAUACUCUGAUUGCAGUAAGUGUCUUAGGAUUGGUAAGAUUGAAUUGGGAGAGAUGCUUUCUUCCUAUAUUCUCAGGUUCAACUACAUUGUCGCUAUUAUGCCUUUCUGCUUUUUGAUUCUGAUACUGACUUGGAUUUUGGAAUUCCAGUGUCCAGAUCUGCUUUCAAAUUUGAGAUAUUUAAGGCUUGAACUUUUCUGUCUUAAAUCUCUUCAAUCUUCAGGAUGAUCAUGCAAGGACUGGCCCACCUUCAAAUUAUAGUUUAAUUAUUGGUCGAGUAAUUCAAAUCUAUAGAUGUUAUGUAGUUCUCCACAGAUACUAGAACUCCUUGUCAAUUGUAUUCAGAGAUCUUCUAGGGUUGUGUGCUUCUGCUAGAUCUACUGGGAGAAGUUUUAAUUAGCUCAUAAAUCAACUUCAAUUACAUGUAAGUCUCUUUACCUUUGUGUGUAAUUUAUAUUGAUCUCUAAUUUCCAGGCCUUGUGUCUCAUGCUUUGAUCAUCCUUCUCUCUGAUGGUCUAAUCUUUCUCUUGUUGUGGGACAGCACCUGAGAGUGUUGGUCACUGGAAAAGAGGUCCACAGGUCAUGUCCAGAUGGUGCCUUGGGAAUGGUGGCAUUUACCAGUCUUUAUUUACCUUUGUUGACCAAGACCCAGAACCUUGUGCUUUGCCUUGGGCCAGGGUAAUGUAAAAAAGCAUCAUUGCAUCAAGGACAUGAGGAUCUCAAGGCCAUGUGAUGCUGUCCAUCUCCUCCCUAAUCUGACCAUAUGAGAUGCCUCAUAUUUGUUCCACUGGGGGGAUCUUGCACUUCUUGAUGCUUCAAGCUGAUUCUUUUAUCUCCUAAUCAGUGGGUCUACACAAAAUUCUGCAAUAUUCAGGUAUUUUGAUUCUUUUGAGCUCAUGCCAGUCCCAUGAUCAUACUGACACAAGCGAGUACCCAUCUUUUAGUCUUCCAAGGAGUCAAAGUUACAUUCACCAAGCAUGUACUGGAAAACCCAAAAAGGAAAAACUACAGAAGAAGAAGAAAACAAUGGUUAUGCCCAAGUGCCCAAGUACCAGUUAAAAUGUAUAUAAUUGGUAGCGUGGUAUCAGCCUAUUAGCAUUUUGUAGCUACUGACAUAUCACACUGAUUCAGUAACUUUCAGCCAUCUUUGACAGGCAUUAAUAUUGCCACCUAUAUCCCCAUGUGCUUCGUCCUCCCACAGUUGCACAAAAUGAAUGACACAGGAAAACAAUGUAGGCAGAUAAAGUUUACCCUCCAUCGAACAAAGUAUACAGUCCUGCAAUGUAUUGAGUGUUGAAGAAAUUGACACUGAUGGGAAUGCUCGUCUUUAUCCUGGGACAUACAGUAGCAAAUUAAUGGAACUGUUACGGAUACUAAGCUGCAAGUCCCUCACCCAACACUGAUGUUUUCUUGAAGAUCGAUGAGGCAGAUCAGCUUAUAGGAUUUGGGUGUUCAUCAGACAACAACUGAAACUUUUGAGUUGAUCGGGAGUUGGAAGGUAGUAGACACGAGUGCGAGGAAGAUUGCGAGUCUCCCUGAGCUAGAAAAGAUCCUUGAUGUGCUGCGAUGAGAGUGAGCUUCAUCCGGUCAAGGGUCUACAAAUUUCAACGCCAUACACACACUUCUGUUGAUGCCGAGAUUAUGGACCGGAAACGCAAGGUGGAAGAUAAGUAGGAGAUACAGACAAGAUGUAUGCACUGUUUUCCCUGCAAAGUGUCGGUGGCUAUUGCUUCUGCUGAUCGAAAUUCUAGUACUAACAGUGACUGAUAUCUGUUAAGCUGAGACAUCCUCUGCUUCUGCAGCCCCAUCUUAAGCUAAUGUAAGUUGAUGUGCAUGCCUCUAUUCUCAGAAGAUUAGUG